UGACCCUACUAUGGAAAAGAAGUGUCAGAACCCUUCCAGGAAAAUUCAAAAUGACACAGAAGAUGGUGGCAGUGCUACAGAUUUGCGUAUUAGGAAAAGGAAGGUGCAGGUCAUCGUCUGUUUGCUGUUGGUGGAACUCUGUGAGAGGUUUACAUUCUUUGGAAUCUUAUGCAACAUGGUGCUGUUCUGUACUGUCAAGCUGGGUUACAAGUACCAUCAGGCUGCCAUGGUAAACCUUGCUUUUGCUGGGACCACUAUCCUGACUCCUGUUUUGGUGGGAUGGUUUGCUGAGACAUGCAUGGGAAGGACAAAAGUGGUAUACAUAUGUAGUGCUUUGCAUUUUCUUGGUACUGCCAUGCUGCCAGUGGUAGCAUUUCCCUUUGAAGAUUUCUAUAUUGACACAAACCAGAUAAUUCACACCCUUGGUAAAACAGAACAGAGCCUGCUCUUCUACCUCGGCCUACUGGCUGCCUCCCUAGGAGCUGGGGGAAUAAGAGCCAUUCUUUGCCCACUUAGUGCAUAUGAUCUUCAAGACUAUGAAUCAAGUGAACUUAUGUCUUUCUUCAACUGGUUUUAUUGGCUGGCAAAUUUGAAUACUGCAGUUGUCUGUGUUGGAAUUGCAUAUAUUCAGCAGUCUGUGGCAAAGAACCUGGGGUUUCUAAUUCCGUUCACCUCUGUCUUCUUAGCUAUGGUCACAAUUCAUAUGGUAUGCAGCAAUCUCAUUUACAAGCCAAAGAAAAGUGGAUCCUUGUCAACAACAUUUGGGGUGCUUCUGAAUGCAACAAAAAUGUGCUGCAUUAGAUAUCGUCAUUUAAGUGGCCAUGUGACCUGUUGGCUUGAUCGGGCAAAGGAGCAUAAUGGUGGAAAACACAGGGAAACUCAUGUGGAAGCUAUCAAGUCCCUUGUUCAGCUUUUUCCAUUCUUUGCUUUCCAGAUACUUUAUCGGACAUGCAUAACACAGGUUCCAUCGGCAUAUGUCAUCCAAACUAUGAAUUCAAACUUACAUUUACAUGGAUUCCUGUUACCAAUCGCUUUGGUGAAUGUCAUAGGUAUCACAGCACUGCUAAUCCUUGCACCUGUUUUGGAAUGUGUGCUCACUUGUCUCUCUUUCACUAAAAAGGACAGAGUAGCACCUACAACAUUCAUUAUUGGAGGUUACAUAUGUGCAGCGCUGUCAGUAAUGGUUGCUGGCUUCACAGAGAUGUACAGAAAGAAAUUUCCUCUGGUAGAGCAGACUCUUUCAGGCAAAGUUCUUCUGGUAUCUUCCAUGUCAUGUUUUCAGCUGACUCCUCAGUAUAUCCUGCUUGGAUUGGCUGAGGCUCUGGUAACCCCUGCAUGCUCAGUAAUAACAUUGCGACUUGCACCAAGCAGUAUCAGAGGUCUAGCCAUGCAUUUCCUAAUUCUCUUCUAUGGAGUCGGUUGUUUUUUUGGAGUGAUUUUGAUUGAGGCUGUUUAUCUAUUAUCGGGAGGUAUGUCAUUUCCAAGUAGCCUGAAGGAUGGCAAACUAGAGCAGUUCUUUUUUAUCUUGGCCUCAUUGAUGGUAUUGAAUACCUUAGGAUUCUGGAAAGUGUCAUACAGGUAUAGCAAUCUGAACCAAGACAAUGACUUUGGACUCAAAGACAGCAUUCUAACUGAAAAGCUUUUGGAACAUGAAAAAUCUCUCAAGUUUUAUGAGAGCAUCUUGUAAUGUUCAUCUCAAAAUUUUCUUCUAUGAAGAUUGUGAGAACAGACUACAGAGGAAAUGCUGGCCAAUAUACACAUUCCAAACUGAAGCACUCAGACAAUUUGACAUGAUUUUGAAAGCAUACCUUUUAGUUAUGUUGUAUACACUGUAACAUUUUGUGUGCCAUACAUCAUAGUAAAGACCUACCCUAAAAGGACAUAUAUCUUAGUAAGUAGUUUGCAGUAGCCAAAAAGUAUAUAUUUUUGAUACAUUGCUGACUGCACAUUUCAUGAUACUUUUGCACAGUUUAGCAGUUUAGUUCUGGAAAAGUUAUACAACUCUGUGUAUUUUUUUUCUUGUGCUUGUGAGCACAUCUGUGAAAUAAAUAUAAUAUGUAUAUGAAAUAGUAUAGAUUUUAGGUAUAUUUAUAUUUGUGGCAAAUGUAUUUUUGUGAAACUGCAUUAUUAUCAAUAUCAUUGUUUCCUGGUAUGUAUUGAUCUCUACAGGAAUUACAUUUUUAAGAGUUUAGUUAGAUCUGAAAUCUGUGCACUGACAAUGUGCAAUAGCUAGAUUUACAGUUGAAUCUUUUUGUUAAGCAUCCGUGAAACAUAUCAAAGCAGAAGAAAACACUACGCAUGAUGCUGAUAUUUACAGCUAUAAUCUUAUAAAUAGAAAAAUUGACUGUCCUAUGAUUUUACAUAAGAUACAAUAUGACUGGAAUUCACUCCUGCUUUGACAACAUGUCAUUUAAAGCUCUCCAUUGACAAGAAUAAUGUGUUUUUUUCCAUAACAUGGUAAAUAUUAUUUGUUGUGUGGAAUUUCUUGUGAUGAUUGUGGGUGACAGACAAUCUUGUGGGGGUUUAAAAGCUGCCCCAAAGGUAGUAACUGCAAAACAGAUCAGACUCUAAAGGCUUGUAUGUAAUAUGUUAUGGUGUUCUUGUAAGGAAGAAGUCCUGUUCCUACUAAAACGUUAUUAGUGUCCAUGGAAACCAAAAACAUUUCUUUUAUACAGCUAACAUUUUAAUAAAAAGAAAUCAAAAACAACAAAGUAAGUUUGGAUAAGGAUGCUGCGUUACAUUAAGAAUGAAGGUACUGGUAGCUUCAGAAAUAACUUAUUUAUAAUUAUACACCUCCUGUGGCCAUCUGCAUACUUUUUCAACCAACUUCUACAUGCCUCACAUCUGCUUAAUGAUUUUUACCUACUGGCCGUCUUUGGUUUUCAACAGAAUAGUAUGUCCCUCGGUUAUUAGCCAUAUUGCCAAACAGUUUCAUUCACUACUACUUGUUCGGGUGUAGUACUUUUUAUGGGUGGCAGAACAAUCCAUACCACCAUUACCACCAAUGAAAGAAGUUACACUGCUGAACCUCUGUACACAAAAUCAUCAUCUGUGAGUUUACUACUUCUUCAGGGAAAAAAACUUUCCUCGUUAGUUAUGUUUUUCAUUGAGGAGUCAUGUUCUUGCCAGUACAUACAUAAAAUAGAUAGAUACAGUGCUACAUCCCCAUUAUCUAUUAACACCAGGAUGAAGCAUACUUGGGAACCCAGAGAGGUAGUUAGAAUCAAUAGUGUGCGUAAUGUAGCUGUGACAUGGAAUGUGGAACUGCAAGGAAGAACUAUUUAACAAAUUAAUGUUAAUAUGACAUGUGCUUGAAAAUCUAAAACAAAGUGAAGGAAACAAUAUCACCACAGUACGUUGCUGAAUUAUACUCAUAAGGUAAAAUCACACAGGGAUAACUGUCUUUUAAUAGCAUAUGUUAGACUCAUUAGUUUAGAUAAUGCAUAAUAUUGUUCUGUGCUAAAACAAGAAGAAUGAACAGCAAUUCUAUUGAUCAAAUUGGAAUUACUUUACAACCAUUUCUAUGUUUCCUUUUAUAUUUCUCAUUAUAAGUAAAUCUAUAUAUUUUUUCAUUAUUUGACUGAUUUUCCUUUAAUGCAGCAUGCCAGUAAAAUUCACAUAGUCCACCGAUGCAAAGACACAGUUAAGGACUAUCAUUAGACAGUAGGUCAGUAUCCAAGCUUAAGCCUCAGUACCUGACAUAUAAUACAUUGUAUAUUCUCUGCAAAGGCUCACAUUAGGCCAGCCUCUACCACAAAAUGCAGUAAGGAACACAGCAAAAAGUCAUUAGUUUUAGGGAACCUGUACUUCUGGUGUAACUUCCUAGCAUACCCAUCAGCUGAACAAACAGCACACAUUCAUGUAAGGUUAAGGUUAAUGCUUUGUACUCAUUAUUGCUUGGUUUACUGCCACUUAGUAAGGGCUGGUACCCCCAUCAAUUAACUCCAUAGCACUUCAGUGGUAAUACAGAUUUGUAUCCCCAAGUUAGUUAAGAGAUUUUUUUCCAAGUGUUACCCUUUGAAGUUGCCAGAUUUACAGAGUCCUUAGUAGUUUCAUUUAAUACUAGUACUAUUAAAAACUUGGCAUUAGACUACACAAUAUCCAAAUCUGUUGUAGUCACAAUAAUCAAACAUGCUAUUGGUAACCACAUGCAAUUACUCUCAAAUUAAUAUUAAAAAUGUUAAAUUAGGUGUACCCCACAUUUGAAUUGCACUUUUUAAAGUGUCUUAAUACAACAUGAAGCAGGUUGGUAUAGAAGAACCGAAAGCAAUUUUAGUUAAAAGAUAUGAGUAAAUUAAUAUGGUAAAAACAUAAUUUUAUUUUAUUAUUAUGAUUUUUGUUUUAUAAGGAUGCAAUAGAGAGACAGAGAUUUUUAUGAAUGUUGAAUAGCAUGGUAUAUUAAGUUAAGCUUGGAUCCUUUUAGUACUUUAUUUUAAGGGAAGGAGUGGAGGUUGUUUUUACUACAGCUGGACUGAUUGUAUUUACAGUGGAAACUUUACCACUCCCAUUGUGGUGGUGCUGCGGUAGCG